GCCAGUUAAGGUCGCCAGACUCGCCACUCGCCAGAGUAAAUGUAUUCUGUGGUUCUGUGGUUCUGUGCUGUCAACUCACUAUGUUCUGUCUGUUUGAUUGUUGCUGGUAUUAGUAAAUAAUUUUACCAUCUUAAUUACGAGAAAUGGGUGACUCUGACGGUGACAUUGAAUAUUUAGAUGAAGAUGCUGACAUUGUUCAGCAGUGUGUGCAAACAGUACCAAUAUUGGUACCCCAAUACGAGGAGAAGGUAACCCCACUGCUAAUCGAACGCCAACCGGCUGAGAGGAGAAGAAAGCGAAGAAAAGACGAAGAAGAUUCCGAUUAUGAUCCUUCUCAAGAUCUCACACCUUCGAGUCCACCAAGUACCAAAGGCAGAAAAAGAAGGCAACAUGUUGUGAAAAAAGUUAAAGCUUACCACAAAGAUGUUGUUCCAAGUUUAAAAGUGGGCCCUGGAAGGAAACCUAAAUUCUUUCCCGCCAAGGAACCACCUUUAGAUCGAAAACAAUGUAAUAUUAGAAUACCAGAUUAUGACGAUCCGUUGUGUUUGCCUGUAAAAGCAAUUAAAAACGAGACUACUGACUUAAAAAGGUUGAAUGAUUGGAAUAAUGUGUGCCUAGAGCAUUUCAAACACUGUGACAAUCUACUUAAACCGGAGCGAGGUGAAACCCAUAGUUCUACCAGAACAGUUGUUUUUCGCAAUGUUGUCAAUAAACAGUCAAACAAACUAGAAACUACAAUUUGGAGUAAAACCUGUGUAGAAAAUGAGGAUGGUGAUAGGAAAUCAGAGAUAUUCCAGUGUGUUCUUCCUCGGUACAAGGAAAAAAAGGUCUUGACAACAUUUGGUCUUGGUAAUAGGAGACCAAAACCCUACCAUGUUUCUGAUGAGGUUAUCUUGAGUAAGGAAGAGGGGAAAGAUGGAGAGGUCCUGGUUGUGUAUAAGCCUAAGGAGUCCUCGUCUGCUGUGUAUAAAUUAGUGGCAUCCUAUGAUAAGAAGAACUCCGAUGGAUCUCAAGAGGAGCCUGAUGAUAAAGAUGAUGAUGAAGACGUCAAGAUGUAUAUGAAGGAGCUGGCGUACUGCAAGAUGUGUGCACCAUGCUACCAGACCUCGUGGAGGGGAGUCAAGAAGAAUUCAAAGAAGAGCAUUGCCUGUCCUAUCUGCAACCGUUCAUUUGUGACGGUAUACAACCUCCUUGCGCAUUUCAAGACUCAUUCCUCUGAGGAGGUUCAGAAAUACAAGCGGGUUAUAUCUUCUAUAUUGGCUGAGAUUGUAGACUAUCAUUACAAGUGUCGCAUCUGUCGGGAGCAGUACCCGAGUAUCAAGGCACUGAGGCAGCACAUGACUACACAUCAAGGUACUGAAGUGUUUACUUGUGAAGUGGGUAACCACACGGCGAGAUAGACGUUAAGAUAAUUAAUAAAUAAAGUUUACAUUUUGCUCCAA